UUAGCUCACUCAGCGCUCAAACGGAUCUUUUUGAGUGUGUCACUGUUUAACCGGUUCUACAUUUAGUCAAACGACAGCCACCGGCAAUGGUAUACUACAUUUUUAACUGAAAGACAGAAUAUCUGCGAAAAUGACGGUGGAUUUUGAGGAAUGUAUUAAAGAUUCCCCCCGAUUCAGGGCAAACAUAGAUGAAGUCGAGACUGAUGUUGUGGAAAUAGAAGCAAAGCUAGAUAAGUUGGUGAAGCUAUGCAGUGGUAUGAUUGAAGCAGGCCGUGCAUAUGUCAGUGCCAACAAACUGUUCGUCAACGGCAUUCGAGACUUGUCUCACCACUGCAAGAAGGAGGAAAUUAUCUCAGAAUGUCUUGAAAAGUGUGGAGAGAGCCUUCAGGAAAUUGUCAACUACCACAUGAUUCUGUUUGACCAGGCCCAGAGGUCCAUAAAGCAACAAUUGCACAAUUUUGUAAAGGAGGAUGUUCGAAAGUUCAAAGAGACAAAGAAGCAGUUUGAUAAGGUGCGAGAGGAUAUGGAGAUUGCCCAGGUGAAGAACGCACAAGCUCCUCGCAACAAACCGCAUGAGGUGGAGGAGGCCACCAGCACUCUCAUCACAACCCGGAAGUGCUUCCGACACCUCGCCCUGGACUAUGUACUACAGAUCAAUGUCCUUCAGGCCAAAAAGAAAUUUGAAAUCCUGGACUCGAUGUUGUCGUUCAUGCAGGCUCAGUACUCUUUCUUCCAGCAGGGCUUCAAUCUCUUUGAUGAGAUUGACCCCUAUAUGAAGAAGCUGGCUGCUGAGUUGGAUCAGCUGGUCAUAGAUUCAGCCAUGGAGAAAAGAGAGAUGGAGCACAAACAUGCCACCAUACAACAACGGACUUUGAUGCAGGAUUUUGCUUAUGAUGACUCCAAAGUGGAAUUUAAUGUUGACGCUCCCAAUGGUGUGGUGAUGGAGGGAUACCUGUUUAAGAGGGCAAGCAACGCUUUCAAGACAUGGAACAGGCGAUGGUUUUCAAUACAGAACAGUCAACUAGUCUAUCAGAAGAGACUAAAAGAUGUCUUGACUGUGGUUGUAGAAGACCUAAGGCUUUGCUCUGUAAAACCAUGUGAGGACAUUGAGAGGAGGUUCUGUUUUGAAGUGGUUUCCCCUACCAAGAGCUGUAUGCUGCAGGCUGAAUCUGAGAAACUCCGUCAAGCUUGGAUCCAGGCGGUUCAGGCGAGCAUCGCUUCUGCCUAUAGAGAGAUUUCUGAAAACUAUUACACUGAGCAUUUAGAUAGGACAGCAUCUCCCUCCACAAGCAGUAUAGACUCUGCCAGCGAGCCACGGGAGCGUAUUAUUAGGGGAGAGAGUAUUCUACCACGUGUCCAGUCUCUUCCAGGAAACGAGAUCUGCUGUGACUGCAGUCAGGCUGACCCACGAUGGGCCAGCAUCAACCUAGGCAUUCUGCUCUGUAUAGAGUGCUCUGGCAUUCACAGGAGUUUGGGUGUCCACUGCUCUAAAGUUCGGUCUUUAACUCUUGACACAUGGGAACCAGAGCUUAUGAAGUUAAUGUGUGAGCUUGGCAACACAGUAAUCAACCAGAUUUAUGAAGGCUCAUGUGAAGAAAAGAGAUUAAAGAAACCUGGUCCCAACAGCUCAAGGCAAGAGAAAGAGGCGUGGAUCAAAGCAAAAUACGUGGAGAGGAAGUUUCUGAAGAAGAUGUGUGGCUCAGGAGCCCUGGUGGAGGGCAGUAGAAAAUCCCAUCACUGGAACGUGAAAAAGUGCAGGAGGCACAACAGCUCCAUCAGAGCUCCUAAAACACGGCGGAAAUACAGACACGACACCGGCAUUUUGUCGCAUGGCAACCUUUCUGCUGCUGCUGCAGCCGCAAAGUUCAAAAGAGAAUCUUUGUUCUGUCCAGAUGAACUUGAUUCCCUCUUCUCUUACUUUGACACCGGCUCAGGGCCUCGCAGUCUCAGCAGUGACAGUGGGCUUGGUGGCAGUACUGACGGCAGCACAGAUAUCCUGGUAUUUGGCUCAGUGGUGGACAGCGUCACUGAGGAGGAGUGUGAAGACUCUGAUGAGUCCAGUGGGGAGGUUGAUAUCGAGCAGGAAGCAUCUGAUCCAGAGGACGGGCGGGAGCUUGACCCGAGCACACUACUUCAUAAAGCAUCACGGGCCAGGAACGUGCCAGUCAUGGCUGAAGCACUCGCACAUGGUGCAGAUGUUAACUCUGUCAGUGAAGAGGAAGAAAGCAAGAGUCCAUUAAUACAGGCCGUCUUAGGGGGUUCUCUGAUAGCUUGUGAGUUCCUCCUGCAGAAUGGAGCAGAUGUGAAUCAGAGGGAUGUACAAGGACGGGGACCCCUCCACCACGCCACAUGCCUGGGUCACACAGGACAGGUGUGUUUGUUCCUAAAACGAGGAGCUUCUCAGAUGGAAAUCGAUGAGGACGGGCAGGACCCUCUCAGUAUCGCCGUUCAGGCAGCCAACGCAGACAUCGUCACAUUAUUGCGGUUAGCUCGGAUGAAUGAGGAGAUGCGGGAAGCGGACGGGCCCUUUGGACAGCCAGAAUUCAGUAUACCUGUGAGUCCACAGAGGGUAAGACGCAAGAAUUUACGAACGUCACCACGUGCACCUUUCGGGAGUUUUCGCACAUGGCUUCACACGCCUUCAAAACACUAAGCAGCUGGGAUGUCUUAAACCAGUGGCUCUGUGAGAUUCACCAGUUGCUUUACCAGCAUUUGAAGGAUGUCUUAAUGCUUUUACUCAUCUUAAAGAAUAAUAUAUGAAAAUAUUUAAGUGAAAGCUUUAGGGUAUUGAUGAAUUUUGGUGAUAUGAAUGUGUUUUUAGAUAUGGUACUCUUUUAAGGCUCUUAGUGGGAUUUUGUGGAUUCAUUCAUGUUUUAUAGUCGUAUUAUAGUCUUUUUUUUUUAUUUAUAUAGCAUUUUAAGGUUCACAUGUCCCUUAGCUCUCCUGUGUUGUCUGAGCUAAGUUAAACAACUUUAAAGAUAAAAAUUACCAGUGUUCAAUAAAAGGUAUAUGAUUCCCAUAAUCAUUAAAGGGAGAUUUAUCCAGACUGUCUGUUACUUGUGCAAAUCUGAUAUUUAAUUAUGAAAAUAAAAUGUAUAUUCUGUAAUAUAGCCUUCUGUAUUAUAUCCAUGAGGACAGUAACAUCUAGUGAUAAGUUAGACAAGGUUUGAAAAGUUCAAUAAUUUUGUUUUCCUUUUUUAGGUAUAAAAAUGUAAAAUAAGAUGUUCUAGGAGUAACUUUAGAUUGUUGCCACAAAUUAUUUUGACUAUAUAUUGUGAAGAUGC